AUGUUGGGGCUUCAGCUGCUGCUGCUGCUGUCCUACUGGGGAGCCCUGCUCGCCGCCGGUCUGAGUGACACCUCCUUCGCUGACCCAGGCCUGCGCAGGCUGAAGGACCCCUCACUCACAGCAGAGGACAAGGGCUGGUGUUCCACAUGGGGGGCUGGCCACUUCUCUACCUUUGACCACCACCUCUACGACUUCCUGGGAACGUGCAACUACAUCUUUGCGGCCAUCUGCAAGGGCGCCACCACCACCUUCAGCGUCCAGCUCCGGCGUGGGCCUGACGGGAAGACGGCCCGUAUCAUUGUGGAGAUGGGUUCCUCUGUGGUCACGGUGCAGAACGGUGUAGUCUCCAUCAAGGAUGUGGGGUUGGUCAGCCUGCCCUACACCAGCAACGGGCUCCAGAUCACGCCCUUUGGCCAGAACACACGGCUAGUGGCCAAGCAGCUGGAGCUGGAACUGGAGGUGCUCUGGGGUCCCGACGGCCACCUCAUGGUCCUGGUGGAGAGGAAGAACAUGGGCAAGAUGUGCGGGUUGUGUGGGAACUUCGACGGUGAGAAGACCAACGAGUUCCUGAACGAGGACGGCAAGCUCCUGGAACCCCACAAAUACGCCGCUCUCCAGAAACUCGACGACCCCAACGAGAUCUGUGCCUAUGAGGCCAUCCCCCGGCCCCGGGCCCCACAGAGAGAGCACGCCCGGACCUGCGCCCAGCUGCUGAGCCUGGUAUCCCCCGCGUGCAACGUUUCCCGGGAGCCGUUUGUGCAGAGCUGUGAGGCCGACACGGCAGCGUGCGCCCAGCCUGGCCAGCGCAACUGCAGCUGCGCCACGCUCUCCGAGUUCUCCCGCCAGUGCAGCAUGGCCGGCCAGGCGGUCAGCAGCUGGCGGAAGCCAGGCCUCUGCUCUGUGGGGCAGUGCCCGGCCAAUCAGGUGUACAAGGAAUGUGGCACCGCCUCCGUCAGAACCUGUUCCAACCCCCGGCACAGCAGCCCCGGCUUCUGCACCUUUGGUUGCUUCUGUCCCAAAGGGACGGUCCUGGAUGACCUUUCCAAAAACCAGACUUGCGUGCCGGUCACCCGGUGUCCCUGCAUCCUCAAUGGGGUGGUCUACGCCCCCGGGGAGGUUACAUCAUCGGCCUGCAGGACAUGCCGGUGCACCGAGGGCCUCUGGAAGUGCACAGAGAGGCCCUGCCCUGGCCGCUGCUCCCUGGAGGGCGGCUCCUUCGUCACCACAUUCGACGCCAGGCCCUACCGCUUCCAUGGAACCUGCACCUACAUCCUCCUGCAGAGCCGCCAGCUCCCUGACGGGGGCUCCCUCAUGGCCGUGUACGACAAGUCUGGUUACUCGCACUCCGAGACGUCCCUUGUCGCGAUCAUCUACCUGUCGGGCCAGGACAAGGUUGUGAUUUCCCAAGACGAAGUGAUCACCAACAACGGCGACGUCAAGUGGCUCCCAUAUAUCACUCGCAACUUCACCAUCUUCAGACAGACGUCCACCCACCUGCAGAUGGCCACGCAGUUCGGCCUGGAGCUCCUGGUCCAGCUGCGCCCUGUGUUCCAGGCAUAUGUCACCGUGGGGCCGCAGUUCAGGGGCCAGACCCGAGGACUCUGUGGUAACUACAACGGGGACACGACUGACGACCUCACCACCAGCAUGGGCAUCGCCGAGGGCACUGCCUCGCUUUUUGUGGACUCGUGGCGGGCAGGGAACUGCCCAGCAGCGCUCGAGCGUGAGACCGACCCCUGCUCCAUGAGCCAGCUCAACAAGGUGUGUGCUGAGAGCCACUGCUCGGUGUUGGUGAAGAAGGGCUCCGUGUUCGAGAAGUGCCACUCGGUGGUGAAUCCCAACCCCUUCUACAAGAGGUGCGUGUACCAGGCGUGCAACUACGAGGAGACCUUCCCCCACAUCUGUGCUGCCCUGGGCUCCUAUGCCCACCUGUGUGCCUCCCAUGGCGUCCUGCUCGAGGGCUGGAGGGACAGCGUGGACAACUGCACUGUCCCCUGCACGGGCAACAGGACGUUCAGCUAUGACAGCCAAGCCUGUGACCGCACCUGCCUGUCACUGUCGGAUCGCUCCCUGGAGUGCCACCCCAGCACAGUGCCCGUGGAUGGCUGUAACUGCCCCGAGGGAACCUACUUGAACCACAAGGCGGAGUGUGUGCGCAGAGCCCAGUGCCCCUGCCAACUGGACAGCCACAAGUUCAUCCUGGCCGGCCAGUCCACUGUCGUCGACGGCGCCACCUGCUAUUGCAUCAACGGGCGGCUGACCUGCCCAGGCAAGCCCCAGAUGCUGCUGGCCACCUGCACAGCCCCAAAGACCUUCCAGUCCUGCAGCCAGUCCUCUGAGAGCAAGUUUGGGGCGGCCUGCGCCCCCACGUGCCAGAUGCUGGCAACCGGCACCGCCUGUGUCCCCACCAAGUGUGAACCCGGCUGCGUCUGUGCUGAGGGCCUAUAUGAGGAUGCCAACGGGCAGUGUGUGCCCCCCGAUGACUGCCCCUGUGAGUUCGCUGGCACCUCCUACCCCCGGGGUGCUGAGCUCAGCACUGACUGUCAGACAUGCAUCUGCGAGCGGGGCAAGUGGGUCUGUGAGCAGAGCGCACACUGCACAGCCACCUGCAGCCUCUACGGGGAAGGCCACGUCAUCACCUUCGACGGGCAGCGCUUCGUCUUUGACGGCAACUGCGAGUACACGCUGACCACGGACGGCUGUGGCGCCAACAGCUCGCGGCCCACAUUCAAAGUCGUCACGGAGAACGUCAUCUGCGGCAAGUCGGGCGUGACGUGCUCCCGGGCCAUCAAGCUCUUCCUGGGGGCCCUGUCCAUCGUGCUGGCGGACAGGACCUACACGGUCAGCGGGGACGACCCCCAGGUGAGCUUCCAGGUGCGGCCCGGCUCCCUGAACCUCGUGCUGGACAUCCACAUCGCAGGCAAGUACAACCUGACGCUCACCUGGAACAAGCACAUGACGGUCUUCGUCAGCGUCUCGCGCGCCUCCCCGCAGGACGCCUUCUGUGGCUUGUGCGGAAACUACAACGGGAACAUGAAGGACGACUUUGAGACGCGCAGCAAGUAUGUGGCGUCCAGCGAGCUGGAGUUCGUGAACUCGUGGAAGGAGAGCCCGCUGUGUGGAGACGUGAGCUUCGUGCAGGACCCCUGCAGCCUCAACUCCUUCCGCCGCUCCUGGGCCGAGCGCAAGUGCAGUAUCAUCAACAGCCAAACAUUCGCGGCCUGCCACAGCCAGGUGUACCGCAUACCCUACUAUGAAGCCUGUGUGCGCGACACAUGUGGGUGUGACACAGGUGGGGACUGUGAGUGUCUGUGUGACGCCGUGGCCGCUUACGCCAAGGCCUGCCUGGACAAGGGCGUAUGCGUGGACUGGAGGGCCCCUGACUUUUGCCCUGUGUACUGUGACUUCUUCAACAGCCACACGAGCGUGAGUGGAAGCAGUGAGUACCAGUAUACACAGGAGGCCAGCUGCACGUGGCACUACCAGCCCUGCCUGUGCCCCAACCACCUGCAGAGUUACCCGCACGUCAACAUUGAGGGCUGCUAUAACUGCUCCCAGAACGAGUACUUCGACCCCGCGACGAAUGCAUGCGUGCCAUGUGCCCUGCCCACGACACCGUCACCGCCCAUCACAGGUGAUUGCAAGCGCGCUAGAACCACCUCAAAGCACUACAGCCAUCACCCUGAGGGCCACAUCAGCUCCAAGACCCACAUCUACGGUGCCCACAGUGACCCAUGCCACAAGCCAGCCAACGUCUCCCCCCACCAUGGUCACACAGACCACAGCUCAGGCCACAGCGCACACCACACCACUUACAGCAACUACAGUGACGUUGGAAGGGACCUCGGGGACACUGCCAGUUUCUACCUCCUCAUCUUCACACAGCACGGGUCCCCCCUCAGGAACAUCGUUCAAGACCACCUUUUCAACACCAACAAACCCCGAGACCACACUAUCCACUUGGGUGCCACCAUUUUCAACCUCCUCGGGGUCUGCAGCGUGAGGGAGUAUGAGGAGGAGGUCACAUACAAGGGCUGCACAGCAAACGUGACCAUGACCCGCUGUGAGGGCACCUGUACCUCCUCUGCCAGCUUCAACAUCGACACCAAGCAGGUGGAUGUGCACUGCAGCUGCUGCCACCCCCUGGGGUCCUAUGAGAAGCAGCUGAUGCUACCCUGCUCAGACCCCCAAGCACCCGGGGGCCAGCUGGUACUCACCCUGCUGGUCUUCAGUGGUUGUGAAUGCAGCCGCCAGGCCUGUGGAGGCUAG